AUGAUGGCGGCCGGCGCCACCGCAGUUUUAAAUUCUGUCGUCACAAGUAGCUUGGUCUCUUCAUUUUUAUCUGCUUCCUGUUACCGGGGGAACUUAAUCACUCCUAUCAACCUCGUGCGCACGUUAGCCUUCACCGCCCUAUACAAGGAUACUCGCCGUCACAGGACCUUCAAUAACAGAAACAGAAACUUCAUCUGUGAAUCCUCCGCUGCUACAGAUAUCAGUUCAACUUCUUCCACUUCUCUCUCUAAUAAUGGCUACCCGAUAUAUAACCGCCUUCUUCCAUGCCCCUCGCAUAAUGGGCCUCCAAGGGUGGAACACUUGGUUGUUUCAGAAGGAGGGUCUGUUUUAGAGUAUAUUUGUCAAGCUUUGAGUCUUCCUCCCUUGUUUGUUGCAGAUCUAAUUCACUUUGGAGCAGUAUUUUAUGCUCUUGUAUGCCCAGACCCUCCUCAGAAUGCCACGCCUGAGCAAAUCAAAGUGUACAAGGAAGUUACGGAUCCAUCAGUUCUGAGAACAAGAGCAUCUAUUAAAGGGAAAACUAUACGAGAAGCACAAAAAACUUUUCGCAUAACACACAUUGAUGAAUUUGUUGAAGCUGGAACUUACUUACGAGUGCAUGUACACCCAAAACGCUUUCCAAGAUGCUAUGAAAUUGACUGGAGAUCUCGAAUCAUUGCUGUGACUGAUUCCUACGUUGUUCUGGACAAACCUGCCGGUACAUCGGUCGGAGGCACUACGGACAAUAUCGAAGAAAGUUGUGUGACAUUUGCUUCACGUGCCUUAGGAUUGGAUGCUCCAUUGAGGACUACCCACCAGAUUGAUAAUUGUACAGAGGGCUGUGUCGUACUAUCAAGAACGAAGGAGUACUGCUCAGUUUUUCAUGGGAAAAUAAGGGAGAAAAAGGUGAAGAAGCUUUAUCUUGCUCUUGCUGCUGAUCCUGUGUCAAUUGGAGUAAUUACACACUACAUGCGUCCAAUUAAUAUUGCACCUCGACUUGUUUCUGAAGAUUUCAUUAAAGGAUGGUACUUGUGCCAACUUGAGGUCUUGGAAUGCAAGAAGGUUCCAUGGCCAGAUGCUUUAACUGAAAAGAAAUAUAGUAUUGAAGAUUGUGGAUGGCCUAGUAAAGACUUUGCAUACGAAUGUAAAAUUGACCUUUUGACAGGUCGAACACAUCAGAUUCGGGCACAAUUGGCUGCUUGUGGUGCCCCAUUAGUGGGCGACUCCAUGUAUAUGCCAGCUGCAAUUGCUGAGAUGCACAAACCAGGGCUUAAUCCAUUUGGCAAGUACACAAAAGGAUAUGCCACUGAGAAUGAUAAAGAUCUGCACGUUGAAGAGUGGAUUGCGUGCCAUGGAAAGGAACCUAGCAUUGCUAUUGGUCUUCAGGCAUGUCAGAUUUCAGUAACUGACAAAAUUGAUUGUGUUCUCUUGCUUAAGUUUCUCCAUUCCUUGUGGAUAAAAGAAGAAAUAGGUCAGCAAAAGCUAGACACUUCAGUAAUUAUGCAAGGACCUAGUGCUGAAGCUAUGGAGAAUCGGAGUUAG